CUGUCUGUGACAAGUUUUCCUGGGGUGUGAGCUAGGGGAGUCUGGGCUGCUGUGGGGCUCCCGGAGUUGCGGGCCUCCACCCACCCAUCUUUCAAAUCCUGGGACCCAUAGGGACGCAUAGCCAGUUCCAUGUCAUCUGGAUCCAACCAGGAUCAGUAAGGAUGUGGGAAGAAUCUUUGUCGUUCUGGUUGAUGUUCUCCUUAUUAAACAUGGGGUCCACAUCCUUCCCUCCAGUACGAGUGGGCAACAACAUGACAUUACAGUGCUCCUUCCAAGUCCCCUUCGGCAAUGACCUGCGCAUCCACUGGCACCACUAUCUCAAUGGAAGGAGAGCCAUUGUCCACAGCUAUUACAACGGAACAGAGCAGCUGAAGGACCAAGACGAGGCUUUCCAUGGGAGAACCAAACUGUCCCUCCCAGGUAUCCAGCAAGGAGACGCUAGCCUGACCCUGACUGACCUCAGACUGUCAGAUAGGGGAGAUUACAGAUGCAUCAUUGUGAAUGGAGGCAACUUCAAAUCAAGCAACAUUUCCCUCCAGGUCUCAGCUCCCUAUGAGCGGCCCCAGGUUCGAAUUCUGUCCAGGAUAGGGGAAAACGUGACCGUGGAAUGCAGCUCUCAGGGGGGAGUUUCAGAGGCACUGAUGGUCUGGAGAGAUGAAGAGGGAAACACCCUGGAGGCGCUGGAGACACCGGUGGUGGUGAGGAACAAACAGGAGAUCUGUGAGGUGCGGAGCAAACUGACCGUAACUGUGGAGAGAGACAUCGCUGUGUGCUGCUGCCUGACACCAGAACCUCGGGCAGAGGAGUUGCGAGUUUGUGACACCAUAGCAGCGAGCCAGAAACAAGAGGCGCCAACUCUCCUGGACCCUAAGAAUAUCAUCGCGAUCAGCAUCCUCACGUUGGUGGGGGUCAGUGCCUGCUGGGCUGUCGUGAGGAGGCAGAGGCCUCCACAACCAGUUCCAGUUCGGAUGGUGAUAUCUGCAUAGGUGACUUCUCCUGAAGCCUUGAGCGAACCCUAAAGAGAAACAGUUGAAGGGUGAGGGCAUGGAAUAGGGCUCAGAGCCACCUCCCGAUCAAGGAGGAAUGAAGAUUGGUGCCUGCCUCUAGCUCCCAGACACCUCUUUGCCUUUUUCUGGGACCGGCUGCGGCGGAUACUGGUACUCUCUGAACCGAGGAAAAUUGGGAGACACAUCCAAUCUGUCACCAACACCUGCCAGUCUCACCUUCACAAUAUCGCCAAGAUCCGCCCCUUCC